AUGUUAUGCUAUGGAUUGGCGGUCACAUGCAUUGAGGUAGGAUUUGAUCAAGCACAGUAUGUAGGAGGUGAUUCAAAGCUUGUUAGAGUAGAUGUAGACCACAUUUCUUACUUUGAACUUGUAGAUUAUGCAAUGGAAUCCGGUUUUUACAGUUCUAGAAAAUUUCAUAUAUAUGGGUUGGAUGCUGAUGAUGGGGGACUUCAUCACUUUGAAAGUGAUAAAGAUGUGUUGCACUUGGCCGGUAAGGUUAUGACAUGGAGUGAACCAUUUAUGGAAGUCCUGAUCCAACCAGGUCCAAUACUGGCAGAUGAAGCCUACUCCUGUUCCAGGCCCACUAACCCAUCUCCCCGGCCCAAUGAGCAAAAAGCCCAAUCCACAAAGCCUGCUAGGUCAACUGAUAGGGUUUUAGUGGAUAUAGACAAUGAAUAUGGUCAUGAUAGUGAUGACAGUGAGUAUAAACAAUCAGUUGGAUCAGGAGAGUCGGAUGAUGAUACUGAUAUUGAUGACCUAGUUCCAAGCAGUGAUCAUGAUGAGGAGGAGGUUCUGGAAGAGGUAAAUGGUUCUGAGUCAGAUAGAGAGGACUUGGAAUGGAGACAGUCACAAGAUGCAGUUAGAAAGGCUACUCAUGUUGAUUAUGGUGACAUUCUUACACCCGGUGAAAGUGAGGACGAUAAUAUCAGGGGUAAGAAGUAUAAGGAAGCUGCUCCAUCUAUAACUGAACACACUAACUGGAAGAAAUUCAUUUGGAAGGUAGGAACAAGGUUUGCAUCAAGGGAUGCCUUCAAAGAGGCAGUGAGAAGGUAUUCAGUGACUAUUGGUAGGAAUUUGUACCUUGCUAAGAGUGAGACGGGCAACUGUGGUCGUAUAGUUGUCAAGUGUAUAGAAGGGUGUCCAUUUUUCUUAUUGUGCUCACUGCAUAAGGGUAAGGAGUGUUAUAUGGUUAAAAGAGUGCAGAAUAAGCAUUCUUGCCAAAGGAACAUGAUAAAGAACAGACAAUUAACAACAAGGUUUAUAGCUAAUGAGUUCCUACCAUUGUUUAGAUCCAAGCCCAAUUGGUCUACUAAGGAGAUUGUAUUGGCUGUAAAACAGAAGUAUAAGGUCAUAAUUACUAAGUGGUUGGCUUACAAGGCUAAAUCUUGUGCUCAUAAGAAGUUGCAUGGACCAAUGAGGGAUCAUUAUAGUAAAAUUGGUGCAUACAUGGAUAUUUUGAAGAAAACAAAUCCAACAUCAACGUUUGUUCUUGUAACUGCACCACCAGGUUUUAUCAAUCUAGAUCCAACAACCACAUGUGAAACAUUCUUUAGAUUAUUUGUAUGUUUUGAUGGUUUCAAAAAAGGAUUUUUAGCCGGAUGCAGGAAGGUGUUAUGUUUAGAUGGUUGUUUUUUGAAGACAUUCCUGGGGGGAAUGUUAUUAACUGCUGUUGGAAGUGAUGCUAAUGAUCAGAUGUAUCCUUUGGCAUGGGCAGUGGUUGAAGGGGAGAACAAUGAUAGUUGGGAAUGGUUAAUGGAAGAGCUCAGAAAGUGUUUGGGAAUAAAUGAUGGUGGGGAAGCAUGGACAUUCAUAUCAGAUCAGCAGAAGGGUCUAUUGAAUGCUGUUGCACUAAUAUGGCCAAGGGCAGAGCAUAGAAACUGUGCAAGGCACAUCUAUGCUAACUGGCACAAGACAUUCAAGGAUGAAGAGUUGAAGGAACUGUAUUGGAAAGCUACAAGGGCUUAUUGUGAACCUAAGUGCAUUCAAGCACUUGAUGAGAUGAGAUCAAUCAACCCUGAUGCAAUAGAAGCAUUAUUGAAACAAGAUAAAACUUGUUUCAACAGAUGCUACUUGAAAACUCACACUAAAUGUGAUGUAAUAGUGAACAACAUGGCAGAAACAUUCAAUGAAAUGGCUGCCAAAGAUGUUGUCAUCUGCCCUAAUAUACAGGAAAAACUAGAGUUUUCCAAGGGUGCAGCUUAUAGGUGUGAAGUGUACCCCUCAUCUUAUCAAGUUUUCCAAGUAAGAGACUUUGAUGAUGUAUCUGUUGACUUGGAUAAGAGAACCUGCACAUGUAGAAAGUGGGAACUUAGGGGAUAUCCAUGUAAGCAUGUGUGUGCUGUGGCUGGGUUUUUACAUAAGAAUGCAGAAGAUUAUGUGGACCAGUGUUACCACAAAGAUACAUACAUGAAGAUUUAUGACUUCACAAUCCCUCCAUUGCCAAGUGAAAAGUAUUGGCCAAAGGUUGAUUAUCCAAUGGAUCCACCUCCAAUAAAAGUUGCUCCUGGUAGGCCUAAGAAGAACAGAAAGAGAGACCCUCAUGAGGAUCCUAAAAAGCCAGGAAAACUAACUAAGCAUGGGGUUAUAAUGACAUGUGGUAUUUGUGGAGCAAGAGGUCAUAACAAGAGAAAAUGUGCUGAAAAGGGGAAGAUGAAUACAGCUGAACCUAGAUCAAAGAGACAGAAGGGGAACAUAAGGAAGAGAAAGUCAACACAGCAGUCAACAUAG